AUGGAAGAGCACAUUUUUGAUUACCAGUUUCGUUUAAUUUUAGUAGGAGAUAGCAUGGUAGGCAAAUCUAGUUUGUUGAGAUACUUCACGGAAGGCAUAUUUGAUGAUUCUUGUGAACCCACCAUGGGGGUGGAUUUUUUCGCUCGUUUGGUUGAUAUCAAACCUAACGUCAGAGUAAAGCUACAAAUCUGGGAUACUGCCGGUCAGGAAAGAUUCAGAUCGAUAACCAGGUCGUAUUACAGAGAUUCUGUUGGAGUGUUGCUGGUGUACGACAUAACAAGGAGGAAGACAUUUGAGCAUUUGGAAGGCUGGUUGGAAGAAUCAAGGUUGACCAUCGUACCACACAAAGCUGUCUAUGUGGUUGUUGGUCACAAAUCAGAUGUUGAGUCUGAAAGACAGGUGUCCUUCAAAGAAGGUCGAUCCUUUGCAUCCAAUAAUGGUUUUCACUUUUUUGAAACAUCUGCUGUCACAGGCAACAAUGUAGAGGAGGUGUUCUGCACAAUAGCUCGAGAAAUAUACGCCAAGGUGCACAAGGGAGAAUAUUUAUUGUCAGACGACUGGGAUGGUGUCAAGGAAGGGACAAAUUUGGCUCUUUGUCAACCAAUCAAAGUGAGGGAAACAGCAGCUUUGAAGCAGGACCACUGUGGUGGCUAUGGCAGCUGUUGUUGA